AUGCAGCUGCCGCCCGCGCUGCACGCCCGCCUGGCGGGAGCCCCUGGGGAGGCCGCGCCGCUGCCCGUGCAGCGGGACCCCCUGGCCGGGAACGCGCCCUUCCGCUUCGCGGCGCGCCAGGUGCGCUUCCCGCGGGAGCACGAGUUCUUCGAGGACGGGGACGUGCAGAGGCACCUCUACCUCCAGGAUGUGAUUACGCAGGUGGCUGCGGAGCCAGAGAGGCCCAGGGUGCCUGAGUUCCCCUGUCAGGUGGCUGGCUGCGGCCAGGUGUUUGACGCCCUGCAGGACUAUGAGCACCACUACCACACUCUGCACGGAAACGUCUGCUCCUACUGUAAGCGGGCCUUCCCCUCUGGUCACCUACUGGACACACACAUCCUGGAGUGGCACGACUCACUGUUCCAGAUCCUGGCCGAGCGGCAGGACAUGUACCAGUGCCUGGUGGAGGGCUGCACGGAGAAGUUCAGGAGCAGCAGAGACCGCAAGGAGCACCUGGUGGUGCAUCACCUCUACCCUGCAGACUUCCGCUUCGAUAAACCGAGGAAGGGCAGAGGGUAUCCUGUCUUCCCCAGCCCAGCCUCGCAGGUGUCGACAGAAGCCAUGGGGGAGGACCAGGCACCCUCUGGAGGAGAUACCAUGGAAGUCUGCUCUGAACACGCAGAGGCCCACCCAGAACCUCCAAGAGAGAGGCGGGUCUACGGCCCCAGGAUACCAUCGACCAUCUGUUUCGGGCAGGGUGCCUCUCGAGGAUUUAAAAGCACCAAGAAGAAAAGCAAGCGCCUGUGA